UGUUAUAGGCCAAAUAUCUAUUCAUGAGUUGGCAUUAAAUCAGGUCAUAUGACUUGAGUUGGCUGCUCUGAACGCAACACUCUGCAGUCAGAGAGGGAGAAUGAGCAUCAUGCUGUUAGCAGAACAGCAUUUAGAGCAGUUAGUCACCUGAUGUCUCUCCUUUCAUCCUCAGGUCCCUUAACAUUCAACAGCUCCACCCCCUCCAAGCCCACAGAUGGUGAUGUCACCUCUAAUGGCUCCGCCUCCAGCAGUAAAGAAUACAACCGGCAGCUCACCGCAUUAAACUGCUCUGUGCGUGACUGGAUCACCAAGCAUGUCAAUGAUAACCCCCUGUGCGACCUCAAUCCCAUCUUUCGUGACUACGAGCGACAUCUGGCCAGCAUUGAGAAGAAAUAUGGCAGCGGUGCAUCAGAAAGUGGGGCGGAUGGCUUGUCAUUUGGAGGGGAGCAGAAGCAGCUUCUGACGAGCGGAACAGUAGCUUCUGUUUCCGGCACGGGUGCUACUGUGACUGUGUCUGUCAGCGGUGCAGCGCCACAGCUCUUCUCAUUCAAAGAUAAGGAUGGUGCUGCAGCAGACAAACCAGCAGCCGUGGCUCCUCCAGGCGUCUCCUUUAAUUUCGGCCAGAAGGUGGACAGCUCUGUGCUUGGUGCACUUGCAUCCAGUGGAGCACCGUCUUUCUCGUUUUCUUCCUCUUCCUCCUCUUCAGGCGUGCAUAUGUUUGGAACAGCGGUCAGUAGUGUCAGUCCUGCGGUGUCAUCCUCUCUGAAGGCAGCCAGCAACAGCCAGACUGCAGAUGAAAAUGGGGAGCAAUCAGAGGAGCCGCCCGUUCCUGUGGUAAAAGAGAUCAAGGAGAAAGACGCCUUCUACUCCAAAAAGUGUAAGUUGUUUUAUAAGAAGGACGGAGAGUUUAAGGAGAAAGGGGUCGGAACACUGCAUCUGAAGAUGGUGGCUGAGAGCAAACUUCAGCUUUUAGUGCGAGCCGACACCAACCUGGGGAACAUCUUGUUGAACAUCAUGGUGCCCUCUUCCAUGCCCUGCUCACGAACUGGCAAAAACAACAUGAUGGUGGUGUGUGUGCCAAACCCUCCUGUGGAUGACAAGAACCCCAGCACGCCCGUCCCAGUGCUCAUACGCGUGAAAACAGCAGAGGACGCAGAUGAGCUGCAUCGAAUCCUGCAAGAGAAAAAAGCCUAAAGCCUCAUCCCCCGUCUCAUAUGUGUUUGACUGAAUGUGGCUCGUACGACCCCAGUUACACAACACACACACACACACAUUUACUCUCUGUCUGAUCUAGAACUGUUCGGUUACGUCCUGUAAAUCGUCUAGAGUGACGGAAACCAAUUGGUUCACCUACUGUGAAAUCACUCGUGGUCCUACUGUAAAUGCUGUUCAUUGUAUCAGAGAUGGUUGAGAAAAGUCGAUCGAUAAUGACGACAGCCACAUUUGUUAUAGCAAAGACACGAGUCCGUAUUCAUAGACAUUCCUUUGGGUUUUAAUUUAGCUGCUAUUUAAGGAAUUAUUCGAGGUUUAGACAGCCGACUGUUUUACAAGGAUCGUUUUGUUGAUUUGUUUUUAAUUCUGUGACUCGAUUUUCAAGACAAGUAUGGAGAAGAUCAGUUCUGUACAGUUUUCUAUGCUUGCAGGAGGAAUUGUUUAGAGUUCAGUAUUACAUUGAAGAUCUUGAAAUUGAUUUGCUUCAAAUAUCUUUUGGAGAACAAAAUAUGCAUCAGAAGAUUUCCACUGCUUUAAUCAAAAGUAAUUCCUCACAGUCCUUCAUAUGAGGAAGUGAUCAGAUAGACCUAGUUAUUUUAUAUAUAUAUAUAUAUAUAUCAUUUUCUCGCAGUACUUUUCUGUGAUGGUAUUUAUUUUGGAUUAUGGCACGUGUGGAUGUUGUUUUCUGUAUAUUGAAUGACCUGAUGUAUAUAAACCACAGAACUGCUGAGGUUGAGAAUGAAUGCUUUAUGGCAAUCUGUCCUGAAGAUGAUCUCCCGAAGUUUUUUUUUUUUCCUUUCCCCUGUAAGUGGCCUUUUACUGCCUUAUACGAUGAGGUAUGUGUUUUUAAGUGUUGAGCAGCACUAGAUCUACCUUACAUUAAUUCAGUGGUGAAUAAAUCAUAUGAACCCGACAUGAUUGGUUUCAUUUCCAGUACACGCAUGAUGUAAAUCACAUUUUUGUACAAAUGGGUAUCCUACUUGCUGACUUAAAGAUUAAAAAUAGUGUUAUAAUUGA